AUGGCUCUGAAGGAGAUGGAAGAAUUAAAGUCUCAGCUUGAGAAAUUGUUGGACAAGGGUUAUAUCCGACCUAGUGUUUCCCCUUGGGGGGCUCCAGUUCUUUUUGUAAGGAAGAAAGUUGGCAGUCUAAGAUUAUGUAUUGAUUAUAGGGAACUAAAUAAGCUAAGAAUAGCUAAAAGGGAUAUAUAUAAAACAACUUUUAGAACACGUUAUGGGCAUUAUGAGUUCACUGUGAUGCCUUUUGGAUUAACAAAUGCUCCAGCUGCAUUCAUGUGUUUGAUGAAUCAAUUGGAAAAGGUCUCAUGUUUGGGACAUUUUGUUUCUAAGGAGGGUGUCUCGGUUGAUCCGGCAAAAAUAGAGGCAGUUCGAAGUUGGUCGUCAACAAAGAAUGUCACCGAAGUACGAAAUUUCUUGGGCUUGGCUGGGUAUUACCGUCGUUUUGUCAAGGAUUUCUCGCGUAUUGCCCGGCCUAUGACUUCAUUGAUGAAGAAACAGAAGAAGUUCGAGUGGAUUGACGAGUGUGAACAGGCCUUCGACCGUAAGGUGAUUGCUUACGCAUCACGACAAUUGAAAAGUCUGAAGUAUCUCUACACUCAGCUCGAUUUAAACAUGCGACAACAUCGGUGGCUAGAGUUGAUGAUAGAUUAUGAUUUGGAGUUCAAAUAUCAUGAGGGACGAGAAAAUUUAGUAGCCGAUGCGUUGAGUAGGAAGUCCAAUCACUCGUUGUCCGCCUUGGACGGAGUUGAAGAGUUGCAUCAGGAUUUUGCGAGGUUGAACUUGGAAGUGGAUAAAGACCCGAAACUGUUGAAGUUGAAGGAACAAGCUCGGGAAGAAAAAGCGGAGGGAUUCUUUGUUCAUGAAGAUGGGAGCUUGAGGUUCAAUGGUCACUGGUGUUUGCCGACAGGGGAAGAAUCUUUGAAGGAACGUAUUUUGAAUGAGUCCCAUUGUACGAAAUUUUCAGUCCAUGCAGGCAGUGACAAAAUGUUAAAAGUGAGAAUAAAAGACCAGGAGGUUUACUGCAACCUUUGGAGAUAUCAGUAUGGAAGUGGGAUGGCAAUGGGCACUACGUUGCUUUAUAGUACGUCUUUCCAUCCGCAGACAGAUGGGCAGACGGAACGGACAAAUCAAAUACUAGAAGAUAUGUUGCGCGCUAUUGCCAUGGAAUGUCCGGUUUAUUGGGAUGAUUUCACCGAAGCAAUGACCUUGGGCCCAGAAUUGUUGUUCUAA